AUUAGCAAAUGGCUCAUCUUGUACCACACAGUAGAGGUGGAGGAGGUCUAACCAACACUGUACCUGUGGUAAUCCCAUCAAAUUUCAAUGUCCCAGAAAUAGACUCAGACGAAGAACCUCAAGAAGCUGAAAAGGGACCUCCAAAGUUAGUCGGAGACGCAAGAGUUGUUAACAGAGCCUUUUCAAGACUCAGAAUUGCCCAAGCUUGUAAUGCUUACCUUGGCAUAGUAGGCCUUGGCAUCUGAAUUGUUGAGAGAGAAAUCCGGUUUGAGUACGGCUACAAAGACAAUAAAAAUCUCAGGAUUGCUCUCCUGACAGUAAACUUGAUUACAACUCUGUUAUUGUGUCUCUCUUUAUUAUUCUCGUACAAAAUGGAAUUCAGCUGGAUGAAAGCAAGAGGGUUCGUCUCGAACAUAGAUGGCUUAUUCAAUACUGGGAUGUACAAGACCUUAAUUGCUGAAUGAUUUAUCUGACUUAUCUCUCCGCUACCAUUUCUUUAUGACGAAACAUUCAAAGAGAACAACACAAAUUACAGCUACAAAAUAAAUCACUGGUAUAACGAUAUUUUACUCGCCUGGAGCUUUAUAAGAAUUUAUCUAAUAUCGAGAUGAUUUCUUACCAAUUGAUUCUAUAUGUCAACCAGAGCUCAAAGGGUUUGCCAGAUGAAUGGAUGUUAUGCAAGCUUUGGCUUCUCCAUUAAAUGCUUAAUGAAAAAUCAACCAUACCUUGUUCUGCUGACAAAUUUAGUAAUCAGCACCUUCUACUUCGGCUAUCUGAUAAGAAUGUUUGAUCAGGACUUGUCAACAACUUCAGAGCAAAAUUUUAACCAGAUCACUAACCCUGUAUGGAUGGCAAUCGUUACGAUGACCACUGUCGGAUACGGUGACUUUUUCCCAAAGAGUAUUCCAAGUAGAAUACUUGGAAUUAUCUGCGCCUUCUAUGGUGUAUAUCUUGUCUCUUUGUUUUUGAUCACCCUUGAUAACCUACUCAAACUCGACCAAUCAGAGACAAGAUCCUAUGAGCUCAUCAGUAGGCUAGAAAACAAAGAAGCCCUCAAACUUGAGGCUGUUAAUGUAAUUACAACUGGGUUUAGACAUAAAAGAGCCAAAAGAAAAGCAGAAGAAGCAGGGAGUCCUAAUUCAAGCUAUGUUUCCAAGAAGCUAAAACUCUUCAGAAAAUACCUUCUGAGAUUCAGCCAGAUAGCGAAAGCUCUCAGAGGAAAUUAUGGGACAGAAACCCCUGAGGAUAGAGUCAGAAGAGAGCUGGAAGAUCUUAGAAGCUCCAUCUCCUCCUUUGAAGCUUGUGUUAAAGUACUUGGUAAGCACCUUGAAGUUGAAAUGCCGGAGAGAAAACCAACCGAUGUUGGCAUUUAUCACAAAGGAUCAACUGACGAUGUCACUAAUGAUCUUAAGAAAGAGUCUUAAUUCAUUUUCAAAGACAAGCUACUCUCUUAUCUAGAUCUAUUCCUGGUAGUAACAGUAGCUCAAUUCAGGAUAAUUAAGUAAUUGAUACCAAAAAGUC